GCUUUUUGUUGUUGGAGUGUGAUAAGCGAACUAAGCGAAGGUAUUGUUUUCAACGAGUAGAAUAUUAAACACAUUAAACAUUGCAUUUUUUAUAAGUAAAACAAAAGUGAUUUGGAUUAUAUUUUGGCCUUCAAUUCAAGUGUUCUCAUAAAUCGUAAAUUUUUAUUAAAAUAAAAGCGUUGCAUUAGUACACAGCAAAACUCAUUUUCAGUGGCCAACUGAGUUGUUAGCCGCAAUCGCUGGUCGAACGUCAAAACAACAUAAAGAAAAUCGAAAGUGUGGUGCAUCGCAGCACUGAAAGGAGGCACGAAGCACGGUGUGGUGUUGAUCGUACAUUAUCAAAACUUCUCGUUCAUAUAAUUGUCGGUGAAAAAAGAUAGAACCGAAAUGGCAAAGUAUUAUGAAAAUUCAACUACGUUCAACUACUCUUGGGAGCAGGUUACCCAAUGCUUCUGGAACCGGUAUCCAAACCCGUUCAGCACGCACGUACUUUCGGAAGAUACGAUUAGUCGAGAAAUGAAGAAUGGUAAAUUGCACAGCAAGAGACUGCUUACAAAAACAAACCGUGUGCCGAAAUGGGGCGAAAGGUUCAUCAAGACCAAUUCUGUCAGUAUUCUGGAAGAAUCCGUGGUGGAUCCGAAAGAACGGGUUCUUGUCACUUACACUAGGAACAUUGGAUUCAAUAAAAUUAUGAGUGUGGUCGAAAAAGUCACCUAUCGGUCGUCACCAGACCAUCCCGGAAAAACCAUCGCUACCCGGUCGGCAUGGAUCGAUUCAUCGAUGUACGGAUUCGCGACCGCCAUUCGAGCUUUCGGGUUGGAUAGAUUCAAGAAAAAUUGCAUGAAAACCGUGAAUGGUUUCAAUCACGUUCUGCAACACAUGUUCCCCGCCCAUCCCACCACAUUGGCUACUCUCCAUAACCAGCACCUAACCAAAACUCAGAAAAUAAAGGAAGCAGCCAAACAUGCUUCCGACCACGUCAAGGCCCAAGCCGAACACUUAGUACAAAAUUUCUCCGUGAAAGGUUGAACCAAGCCCCCCUAGUCAGGGGUAAACAACUUUUUCACACACGAAGAUCGACCUAGGAUUGCAAUACACUCGUUAACGGAUUCCGUCGUGUGCGUGUGUCCUUUAAUCGACACUAGAGUUUAAACCAAAAUGUGAUUAAAAUAUUUCCGACAGCUAGAUCAUAAAUAUUCACUGAACAAGUAUCGCAAUACAAACCCUAAUAUCUAGUUAGAGUGAGCUUCGUUUCUUCGCACGCACGAAUGUGUAAUGCGACAGAAUGCUUCAUUCCAUGCCGAUUAGAAUUCCGACCGUUCGCGAUCGUGUCUGUGUUCGGUUAGUCACUCGAGCGCGCCUUGUUGACAACCGUUUCCAGCACGUUCGGGACGGUUCAAAUGUUCAACUAAAGUAGGAACCACCAGAAUCAGAGGAAGAGAAUUUACGAAACAUUCGCUAGAGUUUUAAACGGAAGAAAGAAGUUGGUUGAAUUUUGCUUCAACAGUACUGCUCAGAAAUUACGAUAACUGUUUCUGAUAUUUACUAAUAUAUUAUUUUAGCUUAAACUAGUAGGCAGUUGUAAAAUAACCAUGUUUAAAAUGUUGAGCGCAGGAAACCGGGGAAAAAAUUAAGCCAUAGUCAAAAAGUGAAUAAUUGUUACUAAACAUUCGGACAAGGUGUGUUAUGCGAAAUUUUAUCUGCAAAUCAAUUUCCCGACAAUACAGAGUCAUCUUCUGCGCAUGGAAAAA